GGAAUAUCUAUAAAAGUGCGGAUUGCCAUGUCAAUAUCACCAGUUCUACUUUGCCAUUGCUUCCCCACAUCUCUCAACCAUGAACAAACCUAUCAUUGUGUGUCUACUUUUGGUCGGAACGGUCCUAGCUCAUCCUCAAAGGGGAGGUCACCGAGGAUCUGGAGGUUACAGUCAUGACAGCAAUCACCAACCGGCUAGUUACAGUUUCGGCUACAACGUGAACGACAAUUAUCAGGGAGCCCAGUUUGGGCAUGACGAAAAGCGCAAUGGGGACUCGACUUCGGGGAGUUAUUUUGUGCAUUUGCCCGAUGGUCGGAUGCAAACUGUGACUUAUUCGGUGGAUGGUUAUAAGGGUUAUGUGGCUGAAGUGAAGUAUUCGGGUAAAGCCCAAUUUGACUCCCCACCACGCAAAUCUUCAGGGGGCUUCAAAGGAUAUAACUGAAUGAUUGAGCAUCUUUUUUGAUUGAAUAAAGACAGUUCUUGCGUUCUGUGUCCGUUCGUCCAAUCUUGUUGACUUUUAAUGGUCAGACCACCGUUCAAAUAGAAGUAUAGACAAAGAAGAUCUUUGACAUUCAUGUACGUACAUAGAUAUCGUUCCGAGCAAUUACGAAGAAAGUUCAUCACAUAAUCGUUCGUUUUUGCAACGUUCAUUUGAGAGAAUGAAAGAAUCUAGCUCUUCCUUCCGGCUGCUCCAAUAAAGUAGGGAGAAAGGUCUUUUUGAUCUUGGAAGUGCAUUUGUGGGUUGGGGGUAAAAACUGCAUCUCCUGCCAAGAUCAAGGUAGACCUAUCAUAUUCUCAUUAUUUCUAGGUCAUCCUUCAGCGGGUUCUCAUGACGAAGCAAUUUGGCCAUUUUCAAGCCAAUGAAAUGAAUUCGUCGCAUCGUAAUGGUUCUUUCGCCAAGAGCUGACAUCUGGAAAAAUGACCAUAAUUGUGUUCAUCUCCGCGCAUCGAGACUGAAUUACUGCUUGUUUGGUUUGGCUACCAAGGUUUCUCGAUUGAAGUCAAUUCGCGAGGGUCAGCCAUAAAUCACCGGAAAAAUUGCUAAUCAUGAUGCUCCAAGUCUUCUUUUUUGUAGCAAAUGAAACAAGUCAUGCGUGACAAGUGGUAAGUAGGACUGAAGCCUGAUGGGUAUACGCAUUCCACCUACUAAACGAAGGCGUUGCGUCUGAGUGACUACGCACAAACACUCUCGUUCAAGACAUUUCAACUGUACAAUCCAACCAUUUAUCCCCCAUCUCUACUUACUCCCUACCUAUAUAAGCGGUUUCAUCCAUGUACACUUCAUCCAGUUGCCAAUCAAACCAAUACAUCAUCAUGAGGACGACCUUGAGCCUUCUUAUCGUUGUUAGCUUGGCAAUUAGCAAUGCCCAGCCUUUGCCCAAUGAACCUGGAUAUGGUCCGGAACAUCACGAGCCUGCUCACUAUGAAUUCGGUUACAAGGUUCAUGAUGAUAAGUAUGGAGCUGAUUUUGGCCACAGUGAAAAUCGGGAUGGAUAUGCGACCAAAGGUGAAUACCACGUGGUUCUCCCGGAUGGUCGUGUGCAAACCGUCACUUAUUAUGUGGACGGGAAAUCGGGAUAUGUGGCCGAUGUGUCCUACUCCGGGGAGGCCCAUCAUGGUCCAGCCACACCCCAUCAUGUCCCCCCUCCUCCCCCUCCUCCACCAGUGCACGAGGCUUACCAUCAACCAAAGCCACAUUAUCACCAUGGAUAGAAGCAAUCACUUUAACAACUAACUAACUUAUGCCCUUUUAUUUAAUUAAUCCUCUAAAAACAGUGCAUUGUUACUGUCAAUUUUGAUUAAAUAUAUUUCGAGCAACUGAAUCCGGAAAUAAAAACAAUA